CGUCGCGCGCGCUCUCCCUCGCCUCCCGCAUCUCCGCGCGAGGAACUUAAGACAGAGUCGGCGCGGCCCAAUCAAGGCGGCCCGGGCCGUUCAGGAUGCUCUUGCUGCAUUGUUCCAUGUCCUACCUCCAUCUCCUCCUCUUCCUCGUGCUACCCUUUAGCUCCUGGACACAGAAGCUUCCUACUAGAGAUGAAGAACUUUUUCAGAUGCAGAUCCAGGACAAAACCUUUUUCCAUGAUUCAUCAGUACUCCCAGAUGGAGCUGAAAUCAGCAGCUAUCUCUUCAGAGAAACACCAAAAAGGUUUUUUUUUGUGGUUGAGGAAGAUAACACACCCUUAGCAGUUACAGUAACUCCCUGUGAUGCUCCUUUGGAAUGGAAGCUGAAUUUGCAGGAGCUCCCAGAAGAAUCAAGUGGAGAAGGCUCAGGUGAACCAGAACCACUUGAACAGCAGAAACAACAGAUUAUCAUGGAAGAAGGCACAGAGCUGUUCUCAUACAGGGGAAAUGAUGUUGAAUAUUUCGUGUCUUCUAGUUCACCUUCUGGCUUGUACCAGUUAGAACUCCUGUCAACAGAGAAAGAUACACACUUUAAAGUAUAUGCCACUACAACUCCUGAGUCAGAUCAACCAUAUCCUGAACUACCUUAUGAUCCAAGAGUUGAUGUCACUUCUCUCGGCCGCACAACUGUCACUUUGGCAUGGAAACCAAGCCCUACAGCUUCUUUACUGAAACAGCCAAUGCAAUAUUGUGUGGUUAUUAACAAAGAACACAAUUUCAAAAGUCUCUGUGCUGUUGAAGCUAAACAGAGUGCUGAUGAUGCCUUUAUGAGGGCUCCCAAACCUGGCCUGGACUUUAGCCCCUUUGACUUUGCCCAUUUUGGAUUUUCUUCCAACAGUAACUCUGGGAAAGAUCGCAGCUUCUUAAAAUCAUCAUCAAAGUUUGGGAGGCCGAUUUCUUCAAAGCUUAGAGUUGACCUGGAAAAGAUAUGCAUUGGGAACAAGAACAUCUUUACAGUGUCUGAACUGAAACCUGAUACACAGUACUACUUUGACAUAUUUGCUGUAAAUGUCAACACAAAUAUGAGUACUGCAUAUGUUGGCACUUUUGCAAGAACCAAAGAGGAAGCAAAGCAGAAAACUGUUGAUCUAAAAGAUGGGAAAGUUACAGAUGUGUUUGUCAAGAGAAAAGGCUCAAAAUUUUUGCGGUUCGCUCCUGUUUCAUCACACCAAAAAGUUACAUUUUUUGUUCAUUCAUGCCUUGAUGCUGUACAGAUCCAAGUCAGAAGAGAUGGAAAACUUCUCUUGUCUCAAAAUGUUGAAGGUGUCCGUCAAUUCCAACUUAGGGGAAAGCCAAAAGCUAAAUACCUCAUUCGACUGAAAGGAAAUAAGAAAGGAGCUUCCAUGUUGAAGAUUUUGGCUACGACAAGGCCUAAUAAGCAGUCAUUUCCAUCUCUUCCUGAAGACACAAGAAUUAAAGCCUUUGAUAAACUUCGCACAUGUUCUUCAGUUACAGUGGCAUGGCUAGGUACUCAAGAAAGAAACAAAUUUUGCAUCUAUAGAAAGGAAGUAGAUGACAAUUAUAAUGACGAGCAAAAGAAAAGGGAACAAAAUCAGUGCCUCGGUCCAGACUUAAGGAAGAAAUCAGAAAAAGUCCUCUGUAAAUAUUUUCACAGCCAGAACCUACAAAAAGCGGUCACCACAGAGACAAUUAAAGGACUUCAGCUUGGCAAAUCCUACCUUCUAGAUGUUUAUGUCAUAGGGCAUGGAGGACACUCUGUGAAGUAUCAAAGCAAAUUGGUGAAAACAAGGAAAUUCUGUUAGUGGCCAAGGGAACAUGAAAUAUAUGGACUGACUACUUAUUCAGCGAGGAGUUGUGAACUGUAUUGGUACUAUGUAGAAAAGAUAUUAACAUAUAUUUAUGUUUACAAAAGUAAUUGAAGGGACUGGGACUGCAUUGGUGUCUGGCAGUUGCAUUAUCAUGCAUCUGGUAGUCUGCGUUUGAUGCUCAGUAGAUAACCAAGGUAGCAGGUAACAUUGAAGGAACUGCCCUUUUUUUGCUUCCAUAUUGCAUGAAGUGCUUCUAAAUUAUUUUAUUACUUCAAAGGCUGAAAGAAGUCAUUCAAUUACCUUGUUAUUCCUAUGCACAGACACAGCAACAAAACUCCCACACAACCUCUAUCUCUUUUCGUAGACUAUAGAGUUAUGUAAAUUAUUUUAUAAAGUCUUGUUUGAAAUGUCUAUGUUUCCAUGAUUGUAAACUAUUAAAAUCUUUCCCUGUUAAAAUACAGAUCUAAACUAAGUAUUAACUGAACUACCCAGAAGUCAGUUUUAUUGCUAAUGUAAAUUCCUAUCUGUGUAAUUUUAAAUGUUUAAAUACUGUAUGUAUUUCAUGUACAAAUUGUCAGACGUUAUAUUCCUGUACAUAAAAUUAAAAUAUUAGAUUAUAUGUUCCUUUUCAUCCUUAAUGCCCCUGAAUGCAUUUUGAGCAUCCUUAAUUAGUAAAUGUUUUAUAUCCCAAGAUGGCUACAGUGACUAACAUCUUGAUUUUUUUUAAAAAAAAACCACAAUGCUGAUACAUGACAAAGAUACUGAACAAGUGGAAGCUUUCUCAAAUAAUUGGAACUAUCAUCUCAUAUUAAUAUUGAGAAAAUGAUGUAAUAAUGCUUAAAAUUGUUUGGGGUUGCUAUGGAUUCCUUUCUGCUUUAAUGCAUAAUAAUAGCUGGCCCAAUAGACUGGGCAAUCCAGUGUAUAAUCAACCUCACCUACUUUCUAUUGAUUCCAAUUGGAUUUGUGUCCUUGAUAUUUUGGAUCAGGUCUGGUAACCUAUAUUCUGAAGGACAAUUUAAACUUGCAAUACGCAAAUA